AUGGACGUGACCUCCCCGCGGUACCCACGCGGCCACUCUGCGCCCCAGCCCUGCCACUUCGCCGGGGUGAAAAUCCUGCCCAUUCCCGUGCUCUCCAACAACUACAGCUACCUGGUCAUCGACACCAGCUCUGGCCAAGCAGCCGUCAUCGACCCCUCCGACCCGCUGGCUGUGCAGGCUGCCAUUGAAGAAGAGGGGGUGAUGCUGGAGGCCAUAUUCUGCACCCACAAACACUGGGACCACAGCGGGGGGAACACAGCGCUCCGCCAGCAGCACGGCUCCUGCAAGGUGUACGGCAGCACCCUCGAUGCCAUCCCAGAGCUCACUAACCCGCUUGCAGACAGGGAGAAGGUGAGCGUGGGCUGCCUGACUCGAGGCCACGAAUAUGCGCUGGAGUGCCUGACCUUCGCCAGCCUCCUGGAGCUGGACAACCCUGCAUUGGAGCAGAAGCUGCAGUGGGCGACACAGCAGCGCCAGGAGAAGAGGAGCACGACUUGGGGGUCACCAGCUGUCACAUAG